UACAUCGAUUCAGUAUCGUAUGCGGUGGUCCUGCACGGUAUGCGAACACUAUGGGCUGGGUGAGUGCGACGUCAUUGCCACACCGUGACUCGCCAGCCAAUCAGCAUUACUCACUCGCAAGUCGUGUCAGUUAAGCCUACUCUGUCAUGGCCUAAUUAGUCGUAACUAUGCAAAUGGAACGAUUAGCAGAUUUUUAGGACUGGUCGGUAGUGCCAUGCGGCUCGCUUGGUGGGCUAGUAAGCUCCGACAGUGCACUGUGUGGUGGGCCUGGUGUAUGUUGAGUAGAACCUCCUAAAGUGAGGGGUUUUUCGUUUCAACGGUGCGAUACAAAUGGUCCAGUGUUGACAGGUAAGAGGAGACAUUUCAGACAAGAGGAAGGCCGCCAUCAUACGCACACUGAUGAUUCGGCUAAUCGCUGCCUAUAGUCUCGCGAUUUUUUUGAAGCUGGCUUAUUCGCUAGGAUUUGGCCAGUCUCCCGCUAAUAUUCCAGCUGAUGUACACGCAUCUAGCAGACUGCAUAUCUUGUCGUUCUUCUAAGGGAAGAUCAAGUGGUUACUGUUCUGGAGAUUGGUCUGUUAUGCAAUGUCGCCACGACGGGGGCUCUGAUUUUAUAUUUAUUGCCUCCAGUUUUCUCUAGGCUGUGUGCGCCACUUGCGAUAAAUUGACCAAAACAGCUUUGAAAUUGAAAAAUAACUGAUUGGUCUGACAAAUCAAAACGAAGGAGUAGGUAAAUUUGGUGACUUUUUGGUGGUCAACUGACAAAACAUUUCCACCAUGUCUGCUGUUGAUUUGUAUCAACCGCCACCUCCACCUUCCAAGCCGAGCUGCUUCAGCAUCGAGUCUCUGGUUUCCAAGCCGUCUAGUCCCCCGAAUCCACCAGCUCCAACCACCUCCACCCCGGACUCAGUGGGUUCUCCAACCCCCUUCACGCCCAUCGUGGUCAGUAGGCUCCACAAGCCCAGUCCGACCGGGGAGUCGCCGUUCCACAGCGCGUUCCCGCACCCAAUCAAGGGACUGUACACUCCCGAGGUGGCGUACCCAUCGGAGGCGGCUCAGACAGCUCACCCGGGAUUCACCGUGCCACAACACCUCGGCAUGCCGCCGACACACGGCUUCCCGUCCCCGCACCAUCCUGCUGCUCUGGCUGGUGUCUUCGGUUCACCGCCUCGCCGUGAGCCGUUUGGACUCUAUCCGUGGUUCCUCGCCAGAAAUAGACUAUUUGGCCACCGAGGCUUCCCUGGAGGCGAGAUUGCGAAUGGUGGGUUCUUUCUACAACAUCCCUUUCGUAAACCCAAGCGGAUCCGCACGGCAUUUUCUCCAUCACAGCUUCUGCGACUGGAGCAAGCCUUCGAGAAAAAUCACUACGUGGUGGGAGCCGAGAGAAAGCAACUUGCCGCUAGCCUCAAUCUCACCGAAACUCAGGUCAAAGUCUGGUUCCAAAACCGAAGGACGAAAUACAAGCGAGUUAAGAGUGAGGAGGAAGGGGAGCAAGACGCUAAGAAGAAGGGAUCCCAUCAUGUCAAUAGAUGGCGUAUGGAGACGCAGCAAAACUCUUUAUGAUAGUCUGUGCUAUCAAAUGUCUAGAAAUUGACUGCUUGUGGCGCAAAAACCUUGAGUCGUUUGCGCGUUUGAGAACAUUGAGAUUUCUUUGCACCAAACAAACUGACUGUUUAGAGGGCCCGAUGUACAGCACUUGCUUUAUAAUCACCUAUCCUGCGAUGUGAUUGGUGAAUGGACUCACCCAUAGAAGGAUCGAUCAACUGUCAUGAGUGGGAACAAUUCUGCGGGAAUUUGCUUAAACUUGGAAAGAAAAACAUGAGUUGAAGAUGAAAGUGUGGUCUCAAAGCUACAAGCGAGAGAAAACGUUUUUCCUGUGGGCAACUAAUGGCAGUAACUUCAUCCAAUCGUGGGGUCCUCGGCCAGGGUUUCAAGAACGACUCCAUUAUGAUAAUAACUCAAGUUCCUAUUUCUCCCAGCAAUGACUCAUUCAUUUGGCGGGCGAGUCUAGCGGUGCUACCCCGCUUGCCACGUGCAGUGGACCGCACUAAAGAGCGUUCCGUGACUUCACACUCGGAGAUGACAAUCGCUCUGCCUCGCGGGCAUCCCGUGACGUCUUCACCGCCGAAUUCAUUAAUGAUUUGAAGAUCUGAAUGAAAAAUGACAGAAUCAUUACCAUUUCAAUCCCAUCGUCUGCUUCAUACUCCACACGAACUGCAGUUGAAGCUUUUCUCUAUACUUUGCCUACUUUGUGAAACACUUCAAGUCAUUGCUGGAGGUGGUGGUGGACUGGAUAACAUUGAUAGCUCAAAAUACUCCCUUUAUUUAACGACAGACUCUGAAAGGAGAUUCUUUUGUUCUUGCUGGUAGAUAAUGCAACAUUUUUCUUACACUUAAUUAUGAUCAAAAGAGAAGAGUCGCGAGAAAAUAAUCUUUCCGGAACUUGUGUAAAGAAAAGACUUCCCCAACUUUUUUCUCUCAGAGUCAUAAUUUCGGGAGGUAUUUGAAGUAACUUGGUACCAUUAUUUUGCCCACGUGUAAUGUGGCUUCAAAUAGCAUAUUCAGUAGAUAUGUACAAAGGUUUAUGAACAAAAGUCAGAUAUAAAGUAAAACCAAAACGUUUUUCUUAGGUUUAUUGAUAAAUUCCAUCUCUGUUAAAUACACUUGCAUUUCCAUCACAUUUUCCCCACGCAGUAUCUGCUGAGUUUAAGUACUGUGGUUAGAAAAUCAUACAAAGUUGUAGUUAUUUAUUUAUUGAUGUUGACUUCGCGUGCCAAUUUCUGUGAUUUCUGUGACCCUGAGAACAAAACUCACCAUUCUUUUCAACGAGCUGAUUGUCUGUCAUGCAUCUUACUUGUAUGAUCCGCUCUGACAGUCAGUGAUACAUUCCUUACUCUCUAAGGUGAACAUCCUUGCACCUUUGCACUGUUUGCAAUUGUUCAAGUAACUUUAGUCAUUAGCCAAAAAGUCCCAACUGUUUAUAUCGAGUAUAUUUUAGUCCUGUGUUACUUAUUUCAACUUUUGUGAAGUAUUUAGUACUUUUUUCGAGUACUUUCCCAUUUCCCCUUUUUUAUUGUAUACUACCAUAAGAGGCUUUGAAAUUCAAACAAAACGUAUAUUUGGUUUACAAAGGAUUCAAUCCGGACGAAAAUGGUGCUGAAUGUGAAAUCCGUAAUGAUAGAAGUAUUAUGUAGAUUAGUAUUCUAAUUACAUCGGUAAUAACCGUAUGAAUAUUAAUUAAGCCUUCUAUUGGCUGAUUAAAAGGCCAAUCCUUGGGUCUCUGUUCACAUAGAAUUUUCAUUGAUUUGAGAAAUGUUUGCGAUGACUUUGGCUCUUGAAUGAUUACCAAUAACCAAGAAAUAUUGAGUUUUCAUGCAGCAAGUGAAUAUACUAUACUCCUAAAAAAUAGUGUCAGGUGAAAGUUCCUUCAUACUGAUCCAUAUUUCAGUACGUGAAUUAUGAGCUUAUAGUGAUAAAACUGUGGCCAUGUCCUUCUGCUUUGCGAUUUUAAGUUCACAGAGAUGCAUCGUUUGGUUUUUCUGUUCAUUUAAGCAAAACGAGUGCAUUUUUAUCUUGUAUCAAAUCACAUCGCACCAGUGACAACGUAAGUCGUUUUAGCUGGAUAUCUUUGAGUCUGAAGAUUUUUAGAGCCAGAAACAACAGUAAUAUAAUAUUUGUCAAAAUAUUUCCUCGGCGGUGUUAUGUUGGUUGGUAUUUUUUGGCACAAUGGGACAUCGCUUGAUUUUUGAAACCGAAGGUAUCGAUUUCGGUGAGGAAAAAAAUAAAUAUAAAUCCAGAGAGUUGCCUAAAAAUAAAAAUGUGUGCU